AUUUAUUCCCCGCAUUCUCUCCAUUUUUCAAUUUAUAAGUUCGAGCCUGCUCCUGCUCUGGUCUGCUUCUCCGGACAUCGAGAAGAACGAGAAAGCAAAGCAAAAUGGUUAACGUUCCGAAGACGAAGAAGACAUACUGCAAGAGUAAGGAGUGCAAGAAGCACACCUUGCACAAGGUAACACAGUACAAGAAGGGGAAGGACAGUCUUGCUGCUCAGGGAAAGCGCCGUUAUGACCGCAAGCAAUCUGGAUAUGGUGGGCAGACCAAGCCCGUCUUUCACAAGAAGGCCAAGACUACCAAGAAGAUUGUGUUGAGGCUUCAAUGCCAGAGUUGCAAGCAUGUGUCCCAGCACCCAAUCAAGAGGUGCAAGCACUUCGAAAUCGGUGGAGACAAGAAGGGCAAGGGAACUUCUCUGUUCUAAAUCUUUUUUUCUCUGGAAAUUUUCAUUUUUGCUCAUUUGUCAGAACUUAAAAGCUAGUACGGAUAAUCUGUUUUUCACAUUUUGUGUUGUUGAUUCAAGAUUAUGAGUUGUUAUGGAAACAGUUAUUACGAUAUCGAAAUCAGUUGACUUCUAGGUUUUAUAAUUUGAUGGCAUUGGGAAUU